AUGACUCGAAUUGCAUCGAUGAUCUGGUAUUGGUCUUUACCUAUUUUACCAUUCACAGCCAUCAUCACAUUUAUUCUAACAUUAGUGGUGUGCAGCCAAGUAUUACACAACCCUCGACCAGGAGGAGACUUUCCGCAAAUCUCUCUACUUGGAAUUGGUCCUGCUUAUAAAUAUUUUCUUUCUGGUUUUGUCAUUUUAUCUUUACAAUUAUUAUUAAUUCUUAUUGGUCGACUGCAAUUUCUUUGUCACUCUCAAUUUAUCAUUCAUCGCACUAUUCUAUAUAUUAUUCAUGCUAUUGCCCUUGUCUCAGCUGUAUUUCUUCUAAUUAUGGCUAUCGUGAGUUUAGAUGAUGAUCGUCGUCUUCAUGUAAUUGGCGCUUUUGGAAUGUUUGGAUUUCUUUCGUUGUAUGGUUUAUUACAUACUAUUGUUGCCUUCUAUCUCUUUAUACGACGAUCAGCAGCUCCUCAACAUUCGAAUAUUCUUUGGCCGUUGUGGUUUCUUAUUUGUAGUAUAUUACUUAUCGUCUUUUCCAGUAUAUGGGUGGUGAAAGAUAAAACUGUUCCACAGUACAUUGCUGCGGCUAUGCCUUUUCUAUAUCUUCUUGCUUUCGUACCACAGUUUUGGAUGCAAGCAAGAAUAAAAAGACAAGAUAAUGCCUUAACUACACAAGUUCGUCACUCGGAUGAAAUGAAUUUAUUUACAGCUACCCAAAAGUUCUGA